AUGCCAGAUAUCGAACAAGGGCAGGAGGAAAAGAUCCUCAAAUCAGUACCCAAAGUGGAAGUCCUCGAGAUAUCUUCAGAAACACCAUCGAAGCUUCAAAGAUGGAUGUCCACUUUUGAACGCAUCUCUGGAUUGGAGACUCGAGGCAUUGAGCAUGUCCCCAUCGAGGAACGUCAACCCCCAAGGAGUGAUGACUAUCUGCGCAUUUUCCUUCUCUGGUUCAGCUCGUCUUUGACUGGGAAUAACCUCAUCGUUGGACUGUAUGGCCCAUCCUUUGAUGGACUGGACUUGAGCGAUGCUGCUGUGUGUGCUGUGUUUGGAUGCAUCGUCGGUUGUGCUGCUGUGGGAUACAUGAGCACGUGGGGUCCCCGAAGUGGAAAUCGCACUCUGAUCGCCACCCAAUACUUCCUGGGCUACCAUCUCAGCAAACUAUGCUGCCUCUUGAAUAUCCUGACGAUGCUGGGAUAUGGCAUGGUCAAUUGCAUCUUGGGAGGUCAGAUUCUCUUUGCUGUCUCUGGAGGGCAGACAGCCGUCACGGUUGGAAUCGCCGUCGUGGCCAUAUUGACCUGGUGCAUUGCAACCUUUGGCAUGCCUCUCUUCCAUCUUUACUCUAGAUAUGCCUGGAUCUUCCAAAUGGCCAUUCUCUGCAUUAUGAUCGGCUGCGCUGGUCCUUUCUUCGACACAACCCACUACAUCUCCACCGACUCCCAGCCAUCUCCUUCUCACCGUCUCUCCUUCUUCUCUCUCUGCGUUGCCUCCGCCAUCACCUGGUCUCCGUCCAGCGCAGACUACUUUGUCUACUUCCCUCCUUCCACCAAACGAUGGAAAAUGUUCCUUGCAGCUACAACAGGCAUGUCCCUGGCAAUGACCCUCACUACCGUCCUCGGGGUUGGUCUCGCAACAGGCGUAUACACCAACGAGCUCUGGCAAGAAGCCGCGCUCACAUCCCCAGGGAGUCUUCUCGCCACCUCUUUUACAAGCCUUCGUGGAUUCGGAGGAUUCUGUGCCAUCAUCUUCGUACUGGGAAUGGUCUCCAACAACAUCCCAUGCACAUAUUCCGCUGGACUUAAUUUUCAAAUGUUACUAGGUCGUCACGAUACCCGUAUCCCGCGACCUCUUCUCACCACCAUAGAGGUAGUCAUAUAUACUGUCUGUGCGAUAUUGGGGCAUCAGUAUCUCGAUGUGAUCAUGGAGGAUUUUCUCCCGCUCAUGAGCUACUGGAUUGUCAUCUGGUUAGCCAUCUGCCUCGAGGAAGAAUGGAUCUUUAAAAGGGGAUAUACAUACGACUGGUCUUCUUAUAAUGCGGGCAGACUACCCAAAGGGUUAGCAGCAGGAUUCUGUUUCUUGAUUGGGUGUAUAGGUGCAAUUAUGGGCAUGAAACAAUCAUAUUUCACAGGUCCUAUUUCCCAAGCACUUUUCCAGUGUGAUCUAGGUAUAUGGUUUGCGUUUGGGUUAACUGUUUCUAUAUAUCCGCCUCUACGCUUUGUGGAAAAACGCUUUUUUGGGCAAUGA